CUUGAAAGGCAAUCAACGAGGCUGGUGCCAACAACACCACGUUAAAACAAACCAUCCAACGACUUGAUCUUGUAAUUCCUUCUCCGUGCCACUGGCAGCUUACGACGCAUCUCGCCUCUCCUCAGUGUCCUGUAACGGACUUGCUGUGCGCAGGCAUAUUCCCCAAGUUGUCUCGCCGCUCUGCUCCAAGAUCUGGUCCCACCAUUAUCAUGUGAAGCGCAGGCAAUCAAUCAACCAUCAAACUCGCUCUACGCGCAGCACCUCGACCAGUGGCCCAGCUCACUAAAAGUUUUGUCUAUCCAGGACUCGUCUUGAACAAUCAUGGUCAUGCGCAAAACAUCCAUACCCUAUCCUGCGAGUCCUGCCUAUGAGCAUUCGACAGACCCGCAGCAAAACCUAGUGCCUGACGCGGCCGAUAUCCCUCCAAUUCCUCCACAGAGACACUCUGAGUUCACGAAUACACCGGGUCUCCAAGAUACACCGAACCCUUGGCUCGAUGCUCCCGGACAGCAACUCAGGUCGGAUCGGCCGUUGCCUGAUAUUCUGAAGCCUGGGCCCCCACGGCCGUUGGAUAACAAUGGAAGCUCUUCACAGGGCCAACCUCUGACGAAUAUACCACAUGUCCUGCGUGCGGGCCAGUCACAAGAGGACACGCCACGGUCUUCGUUGGACAGCCAGAGGUCCAAGGACUUCUGGGAGGAGUCCGACGAGGAGCAGGAUAAGGGCAGGAAGAGUCCCGUCCGGCCGCCUGUGGUCGAUGCCAAUAAGCCAUCAUUGGCCAACGUAGAGCCCGCCGAAAGAUCGCCUGGAAUAAAGAGAAAGCCGGUUCAUUCGCCUCAAACGUCAGGGUCAAAUAUCGCCGCUGGUCCCAGUCUCUCCUCGAAAAACCCUUUCAGAAGAGCGUCUCCUCCCGACGUGCAAAACAGCAGUUGGGAUGGUAGAGAGUGGGAAAACCAAGAGCAACGAUCCUUGAAAGGUAAAGAGCCGGAAAGACCUACUCGACAGGCACCGAUAGAAGAGUUUCAAGGGAUGAGCAUCGGGACUAACAAUGCCUCUAAUCCGUCCACUUACACUCCCCAACCAGAUGGACAAACACCGGCAGAGAUUUGGGAUGGAGAGAAGCAAGUGGUGGCGCCCCCAAUGCCACAUGCUCCUCCUCCCCCUCCGCCGGCAGGAUCCUUCUCUGGACAACCUCCGCUGAUCCCAUCCUCGACAGCGAAAGACCACAUGGAUAAUCCCUGGGCUUCGAAUCUCAACCUGACGGCUCCAACUCCAUCCCCAAUCCCUUUCGCGCCCUCACAGAAGCAAGUGUCAAACUACAACGACGACUUACUGGACCGGGAACAGAAAGCCGGUGCUGUCUCAUUGGGCGCCGAAUUAGAAACCCUACCGAAUGCUGCUCAGCCAUCGGCGGAGUCGCGUGAGGAGCCCUCGUUGCUAGAUGAUGAAGACAACGACGUCGGUCCGCCUCUUCCAGCCAGAUCAGUCCAGCGAAGUGAGACUGAAUAUUUCGAACCGCCCGAAGGCCCGCCUCCGCCGAAGCCUCCCCGACCAUCACUACGCACGACAAUGCCAUCCGAUGAAGAGGUGGCGCGGAUGGUUGAGCAGAGAAACGAGACGUAUCAGAUCAAACACUUUAACUGGUUCGAUCACCAAUCUCGGAGACUGCGAAGGUCGGCCAUGUUGACCCAGAACAAGAACGGACCCUGUCCUCUCCUUGCUCUGGUCAAUGCUUUGAUCCUAGGUGCAACCGAUGCGUCGCAAGCGGCACUUGAUGAGGCAUUGCGCUCCCGAGAGCAGGUCUCUCUUGGCCUUAUUAUCGAGACGUUGAUGGAUGAACUGUUGUCGCGGGGCGAGCGAGCCAUGGGCCAGACUCUUCCGGAUGUUGACGAGCUGAACGAAUUCCUCAUGCGGUUGCGAACCGGGAUGAACGCCAAUCCACGAUUCGUUCCGUCAUCAAGUCCACCGCCUAACCUGAUGGAUGCUGAUGAUUCCGAUCCACAAGAGCCAGCAUCGCGGCCGAAACAUGGGACUUUUGAAGCAACCCCGGACAUGAAGCUCUACGCGGCUUUCUCGGUGCCUUUGAUUCAUGGCUGGCUUCCCGAACCGGGGUCGGAUGCUGCAAGGGCGUUCGUGCGAUCUGCUCCUACCUACGAGGAUGCUCAAGCGUUACUUUUUGGAGAGGAAGAGUUAGAAUACAAGCUCAGCACUCAGGGAUUGUCGGAGGCGGAACAAAACAUGUGGGCCGACAUCAAUUCCAUCAAGAACUUUUUAAGGACGUAUCCUACACAGCUCACUCCUACGGGAUUGGAAGCGGUACAGGAUUCGAUUCGAGGGGGUUCGUUUGCCAUUAUGUUUCGUAACGAUCAUUUCAGCACGAUAUACAAGCAUCCGGAAAACGGACAAAUCUUCACGCUAAUCACCGAUGCGGGAUAUGCGGAUCGAGACGAGAUUAUUUGGGAGAGCCUGGUGGACAUCAGUGGCAAAAACAAUGAAUUCUUUUCUGGCGAUUUCAUGCCCGUCAGUCAUAACGACGGCGGACAGCCUACGGGACAUGGGCCUUCGCAGCAGCACUUGUCAGCUCCUCCGGUUUCUGCAGGUGCCGGUCCUCUGUCGCCACAAGAGCAACAGGAACAACAUGACGCCGACUUUGCCAUGGCUUUACAAUUGCAAGAGGAAGAAGAGCAGAGGCAGCGAGCGGAAAGGAACCGACGACGGAGUAGUGCAACUCCGAGUACUCCCAACACAGGAGCUGGUCGUGGUAACAAUAACAACACCAUCAAUCCACGGAGGUCAACGGGAGCCGGAGCGGGAGUCAGCAAUAUACCUAUAUCGGUUCAACCACCGGCAGAAGCACGACCAGCUAUACCACCGCGAACCUCACACAACAGCGUUACAGCCACUGCCAACACCAGGCCCGGCGUCAACCGUCCAGCCGAUGCUCUCGAUGACGAUGCGCCACCGGCGUAUGAAGAAGCAGCCAAAGGUCCGCCAUAUAUCCCUCCGCUGGGGAGUCCAUUGCAUCCGUCUGCCGAGCCGAGUCCGAUGAAUUCAAACACCCAGCUCAGUGGGACGAUCAGUCGAACGUCAGCUUCGGCCGGCACUGGCGCAUCGACGUCGGGACCUGGUUCUUAUCCUCCUGCUCAUCCUCCUGGCCCUAAUGCGGCGGGGGGUAUGUUUGGGAGUGGGAGGCGACAGCGGCGGACGAGUGCGUAUAAUGAGACCAUGAACACUCUGGGACAGUAUUAUAGUCUGGGUCCACAGAGGUUGCAAGGGACAGGAUCUCCUUCUUCUUCGUCAAGACCGGGGAUGGGGACUGGGAUGGGGAAUGUGAAUGCCGAUAUGAGGCAAGACAAGGAUCGGGACUGUAUUGUCAUGUGAGCGCAGGACUAUUAGGUAUUUUUAUCUUAAUGGUGAUGACGACAGGACGGGCGAGAACAUGACAGGACUUCUUUUUUUUC